GGAACUGCAGUCCCUGUGGGGCGGGCUCCGCGGCCGCCGGACUACAGCUCCCGGGGGGCCUCGCAGCCGCUGUACUACCGAUCUUGGCGGACUGGCUGCGGGGUCGCGAUGCUGGUGGCGGCGGCCGCGGAGCGGAACAAGGAGCCCAUCUUGCGCGUGCUGCGGCAGUACCUGGACCCGGCCCAGCGCGGCGUCCGCGUGCUUGAAGUGGCCUCGGGCUCAGGUCAGCACGCGGCCCACUUCGCGCAGGCCUACCCUCAUGCCGAGUGGCAGCCGUCUGACGUGGACCAGCGCUGCCUGGACAGCAUCUCGGCCACCACUCAAGCCCAGGGGCUAGCCAACGUGAAGGCUCCGCUGUACCUGGAUGUGACCUGGAAUUGGGAGCAAUGGGGCGGAAUCCUGCCGCAGUCGCUGGACCUGCUGCUCUGCAUCAACAUGAUCCACAUCAGCCCCCUGAACUGCACCGAGGGGCUCUUCAGAGCAGCAGGACAUCUGCUCAAACCCAAGGCACUGCUCAUCACCUAUGGGCCCUACGCUGUCAAUGGGAAGAUCUCUCCCCAGAGUAAUGUGGACUUUGACCUGACCCUCAGAUGCAGGAACCCAGAAUGGGGGCUGCGGGACACAGCCUUCUUGGAGAAUCUGGGCCAGGCCAGCGGCCUGCUCCUGGAGAAGAUGGUGGAUAUGCCAGCCAACAACAAGUGCCUGAUUUUCCGGAAAGAGUAACCCCCCCUUCCUCAUGCCUAUGUCCCCAAUGAGAACAAACCCAAGACAGCCAGUCCCUGCCUUCCAGGACCUUGCCCAUUCCAGGGGCUCUUGGUCA